UGGGGGCUCUUCCCGGGCAAAAAGAGGCGGAGGAGAGAGAGACCCGCGCCCGGCCCUCCUACGGGUUGAACCCCGGGUCCCAUGCUCCCCAGCCGCUUUCUUCAUGCAGGGGGAAGCGGAGAUGCCGGGAAGGCGGUGGGGAUCUGUGGAGUCCCUUCUUGCCCCGUGUCCGGGGAAGAGCCCGAGUGGGGGGAGGGGAGGAUCGGCCUUGCGGAGGCUCAGCAGGAGAGGAGAGAAGCCGGGCGAGGAGGAGGCAGGAUUCGCAUCAGGCUCCCUGUCUCGGGAGAUACAGAAGCUCAAAGCCGUUUCUAGUGUUUGCGAGGCAAAAUGAUCUCUUGGGCAAAGAGAGCAGAGUAACCUGCGGUGGCCAGUCCUGCAACAACAGAAACCAUCCUAUGAAUGAAAAGGCAUUGGGAGAUCCACAAGGUUCUUGGGACCCGUUUGGAGUUCUCUUGCAGACCAGAGAUAGAAUGGAGACACCACUUUUAGCAAGUGAAGCCACUCCAAAAGGCCCUCUUCGGCCUGAGAGCUGUGGGGAGAUCUGGGCAAGAGCUGGGCAGAAGAUCCUGGAGGAGGAAACCAUCCCCCCUUCAGAAGUUCAGCCCUGCAACUUCAGGAGCCUCCAAUACCAGGAGGCUGAGGGUCCCCGAGGACUUUGCAGCCGACUCCACAACUUUUGCAGGCAAUGGCUGAGACCAGAAAAGCACACCAAAGCCCAGAUGCUGGACCUGGUGGUUCUGGAGCAGCUCCUGGCUCUUCUGCCCCCAGAGAUGGAGACCUGGGUGAGGGAAUGUGGAGCAGAGACCAGCUCCCAGGCGGUGGCCCUGGCGGAAGGCUUCCUCCUGAGCCAGGCAGAGGACCAGAAGGAGCAGGUAGAGUUGGAGUCCUUCACUGUGGAGAUCAGAGAUCCUGAAGGAAGGAGGAAUCCAUCAAAUCCCCCUGAGGAUCUGUUUUUCAGGACGAUAUCUCAGGAAGAGUCAAGUCAGGACACCUUGGGAGGGAAACAUAGAAUGAAGUUUUCUGGUCUUUAUGGCGGACCUGAAACAGUGGUUGAGCCUCCAAAUCAAGUGGGUCCUGUGUCCUUUGAGGAGGUGGCUGUGCAUUUCUCCGAGGAGGAGUGGUCUCAGCUGGACCCUGACCAAAAAGAGCUGCAUUGGGAAGUCAUGCUGGAAAAUCAUAGGAACUUGGCCUCUCUGGGUAAUAAUGGGCAGGAGAAUCAAGAUUCGUUUGAACUGUUCCAAGUGAUCAGUGCUGGAGAUGGAACCGAGAACUCUGCUAUUCAAAAGGAAGUAGAAAGACAUGAAAGAAACAAGUUAAAUAACUGGAAUCAGGAAAGCUCAUCUUCUAUUGAUGCUUCGAUGGAAGAGUUUUUUGCCCAAGAAGGGAAUAUAAAGAAAUAUAUUUGGAAAAGUGUGAAACUAAUCAAAGCUAACUUACAUGUAAAUGAACUCUUUCCAAUCCAAAACAAACAAGAUGCUAUUAACAAACACUAUGGAAAAAAUUACAAUGGGACUUCCCCCCCUUCUCUUGGGAAUAGGUCCCUUAUAUCUCAAAAUGGUAUCCACAGAGAAGAGAAACCUAAUGACUGUGUGGAAUGUGGAAAAAGCUUCAGAACAGGCAGUCAACUUAGUUUUCCUGAAACGAUCCAUACAGGACAGAAGCCAAAUACAUGCAUGAACUAUGGAAAUAACUUUCAUGAUCUUACUUUACAUAAAAUGAUUCACACAAUGAAGAAACCAUAUGAAUGCAUGGAAUGUGGAAAGGACUUUAUGUCAAAUGGUGGUUUUCUUUAUCAUAAAAAGAUCCACAAAGAGGAGAAACCACAAAAAUGCAUGGAGUGUGGAAAGACCUUUGCUCACAGGAGUCAACUUACUAAACAUAAUAGGACCCACAAAGAGGAUAAGCCACAUAGUUGCAAGGAUUAUGGAAACUGGUUCAGAACAAUAUGUUCCCUUGUUCUCCAUGAAAUGAUCCACACAAGACAGAAGGUAUUCAAAUGUGUGCAGUGCGGAAAGUGCUUUAGGAGAAAUUGUGAUCUUACCAUGCAUAAACGGAUCCACACAGGGGAGAAGCCAUAUAAAUGCAUGGAGUGUGGGAAAGCCUUUGCUCACAGGAAUAAACUUGCGAUCCAUAAAAGGAUCCACACAGGGGAGAAGCCCUAUAAAUGCGUGGAGUGUGGAAAGACCUUUGCUCAGACCGGUGGUCUUAUUUCCCAUAAAAGGAUCCACACAGGGGAGAAGCCAUAUAAAUGCAUGGAAUGCGGAAAGAGCUUCAGUCGGAGUGAUUGUCUUACUUCUCAUAACAGGAUUCACACAGGGGAGAAGCCCUAUAAAUGCCUGGAGUGUGGAAAGAGCUUCAGUCGGAAUGAUUGUCUUACUUCCCAUAAAAGGAUCCACACAAGGGAGAAGCCCUAUAAAUGCCUGGAGUGUGGAAAGAGCUUCAGUCGGAGUGAUUGUCUUACUUCUCAUAAAAGAAUUCACACGGGCCAUGCCAUAUAAAUUCGUGGAAUGUGCAAAGGGCUUGUAAGGUCUUGCCUCUCCAGUCUACCCAAGAAAGCAGGGCUCUUAAAAUUCUAAAAGGAGCUUUUAUUGAAAGACUUAUGAUAGCAAGAGGUCUUGGCAGAAACUAAAUCUUCCCACUUAAAAACAGUACAGCAAUGUAGGCAACAUAAACAUAAACUUCAUAUAGAGAUCUUUCCAAUCCUCCCAACAGAAUGCCAAUGUCACAGUAGAAAUAUAUGGGGCUUGACUGGUUUCUUUCAAAAAUUGAUUACUUAUGUUACAUAAAAGGACCCACACAGUAGAAAAGCUUUAUAGAAGCAUGGAGUUUGGAAAAAACUUUAUUCAGACCAGUCUUCUCAUCAGAGGUGAAAUGCGACUGGUUCGCUCCGGUUUGGGCAAACCAGUAGUGAUAAAAACUACCGGUUCGGUAGAAUUGGUAGUUUUAAAAAGCUACGACUUCAUCUGAACCGAUAUUUCCAAUGAUCAGCUGUGCCAAGUGGUUUAGUUUUCUGCUUUCUAGCAAAGCUAAUUUGCGCAGCACAGCUGUUUCCCCCCCACUUGCUGUUCUACUUACCUAGUGACGUCUUUUUCUAUGCAAAGCACAUGUUUGGUGUGCAGUGCACAUACAUGCGCAGUGUGCUUUUGGGAUGUGCUGUGCUUGUGCGCGUGUAGUGGGGUGGAUCAUGCAUGCGCUGGCAGCGAACCAGUGGCGAUCUGAGGAGUAUUUCACCACUGCUUCUCAUACAAGGAUCCACAUGGGAGAAGGUAUAAAAAAUGUAUGGAGUGUGGAAAGGGCUCCAGUCAUAGUAGUUCCCUUACCUAUCAUAAAAUGAUCUAUACAAAACAGAAAUUAUAUGAGUAACUUGGAAAAAGCUUCAGGAAAAGUAAUGACCUAAUUUUAUUUUUUUAGCUUUUAAAUAUAUUUUUAUUGUUUACAUAUAGAUAUAUUGAAUACAGUGUAAUUGUCCUGGCAUUCCACUUGCCAUGAAACAAAGGUAAAAACAAAAUACCAUAUAUACUAUUUUAAAUAGUGCUAGUGUUGUACAGUUAUUUCUGUCAUAUUCUAGAAUGUCAAUUUAUCGUAUCAUUCUAAUACAUUCUAAUACAUAGUACCUCUCCAUGUCCACCUAACCUGAUUAUUUAGAAUUCCAACUUCUACCUCUAACCAUUGAUAGAAUCUAUUCCAUGUAGCAUAGUAUUCUGUAUCUUUUAUUUUUAGUGUUAGUCUGUCCAUUUCCGCACAGACUAGCAUCUUCCUUAUUGUCUCCUCUGAAGGGGUGUUUUCCCUCUUCCAUUGCUGCACAUACACAAUUCUUGCUGCGGUCAAGAUGGGUAAUAUUAGUUAAUAUUGUCCCUUUAUCAUAACCAUCUGAUAUAAUGCUUAAUAAAAAUAAUUCUGACUUAAA